AUGCCAAAAUUCUUUUGCGAUUAUUGCGAUGUCUACCUCACGCACGACUCCAUGAGCGUGCGCAAGGCCCACAACAGCGGUCGCAACCAUCUCCGCAACGUUGUCGAUUACUACCAACAAAUCGGUCACGAAAAGGCCCAGUCCGUCAUCGACUCCAUCACCAACUCCUACGCCGCCGAAGGCCAAGCCCACGCCAACCCCAUGCUGCCACAAAAUCAACCCGGCGGAUUCGGCUCCAACCCCUUCCCUCCUCCCGGCGCAGGCUUCCCAGGCAUGCCACCCCCAGGCUUCCCCGGUGCCUUCCCCGGUGCACCAGGCGCUCCUCCGUUCCCACCUCCGUUCCCUGGCGCCCCAGGUGGUGCCAACGCCCCUCCAUUUCCGCCGCCAUUCCCCUUCCCAGGUGCGCCAAAUUCAGCUUCCCCUGCCGGCGGGGCACCUCCUUUCCCGCUUCCACCUUUCCCACCUGGAGGAGCUGGUGCUGCUUUCCCGCCUCCUCCUGGUGGCGGCAUGCCACCUUUCCCACCACCAAACGGAGCGGUGCCCCCUCCAGGGGCUUUCCCUCCACCGGGUGGUAUGCCAUUCCCACCGCCGGGAGGGCAGUUCCCGCCUUUCCCUCCUCCAGGAGCGGGUGGGUUCCCGGGUGGUGGUAGACAGUAG